GGACCCGGAGUGCACGUCUAGUUGUCACUGGCUUUCUGCCUUCAUCUUCGAUAAGGGCUGAUGCGGCGGAGCACGAGGAAGAGUCUUGUGCAAAAAUAUUUCAGCUAUCCUCUCCGCGUGGUGCUCUUUCCGACGUAAGCCUGGACGAUGCCGCCUGUCUGCCUCCUGUCAACGCGGAAGCGCAAACACUUAAGACAGGGGCAGAAUCAUACACAUUUACUAUUUAGAUCAUGACGAGAUAAUUGAGGGGCAGUAUUAACACUGUUUUUUUGACUCAUGAAGAUUGAGAGGGACGAUCAUAACUGAGAUGAAUGACAGGUAUUGUUGACGACAUUCAUCUGCUAACUAGUGAGGCGUCUCAGAGGACAGAAGCGUGGUCAAAGACUUGAUGUGGUCCGAUGGCGACGGAGAAACAGCUGGAAAGGCUCAAGAGGAUGAAGAUAUCGCGCAGGAUCAUCAGCUACCAGAUAGCAGGCAGACGGACUGUAAAGACGAGCCAGAACGGUCUGAUGCUUUUGUUCUCCGGUAUUUUCAGUCACCUUGUGGCCUUUAUCCCGUCUUCCAUCCAGGGGACAAACGCAAUGAGCACUUCUAUCUUAAGGCUCCUCCAUAUUCAUCUUACGUCGAAGCGUCUUUCUUUGAGCUGUUUUCAACGGGAAAAUGGUCAAAGAUACCCUUGUUCAAGUCGAAUCUCGGUAAGGUCUAACGAACGUGGUGAUUUGCUAAUUCAGACGUCAACAAGUACUCGGGAGAUACUUUCCGUUGCUGUGUUUGUGGGCAUUAAACGAGGAGCCACCUUCAUAACGCUGGAUGAAGAAACUGGGAUGCUCGGAUUCCUGGAAAGCGAUGGUGCUGAUGUCGGGGGUAGUUCGUUAAGAUAAUUCUUGAAAUGCAUAGGACGAGACCAGUGUGCUGUUGAGCCUAAUACAGCAGGAGAUGAAAUAUUUUACUUCUUAGCAUACAUUUACAUGAGAGCGUUCUACUUAGCAGUUGGAAUUAGCCUCUAAUUGGGUCGCAGGGAAAUGCAGGCGACGACAAUGGACAGGAUUUCGCAAUAGAUGAUACGAUCGAACGAGCAGGCGGUGCUCAACAACAGAAAAGCGGAUCACUUUCCUCCUUUUUUGGAAAUCUGUUAACGUCUUUGAGCGCAUCGUCAUCUACAACCACCAGGAGCAAAGAUGGCCCUUCUUCCUCCACAACGUCUUCGUUGAUGUCACCUGAAGUGCAUCUCUCGAGAGGUCCUCGUGGAAAAAGCCGAGCAGAGGAAGUUUCCGUUAUACGUGGCACGAUAGCCUAUGCCAAGCUAGCUUUCCAUUACUACUACACAAGCCGACGUUUUGUUUCGGUAAGGGAUUUCUAUGAGUCACUAACUUCGUCCUCCUCCUCUGACACCGAUAGUAGUACGCAUACAUCCUCUACUACUGCUUGUUGUGAAGGAACUACUACUACUACUGUGACGACUAGUGUGCUGCAUGAACUCUCGAAAUUUUUUACGGAGUAUCUGGAUACCAUUUUUGCAGUGUCUUGGCCCAUAUUAAUAGGGACCGACUAUAGACAGACAAGUGGUGGAGAGGAAGAACCUUUGCUGCAGCUUUUUGUGCCUCGUGGGACACAGCAGAGCACGAUAUCGGAAAUUGCCAUUAUGGUGUUGACACGGACAUCAUAGAAGGCACGACGAUCAUUAAGCAUACUUCCUUCUAGAUAUGAAGGGCCCUCUUCUUGAUGCCCUCUUCUUGUACCGGUGCUAGUAUGCUUACUGAUGUUUUCUUCUUGUUGGUCUCGAAAUUUUUAACUUAAAUGCGACUUCACGCAGUGGUCCCUUCGAGGUGUGGCGCGUGCGAAAACGAGGCAACGUGUGGUUGCCGUUCGACUGCCAGAAAGCUGUUUCUUUAGGCUGAACUUGAACUUGAGUUUUGAGAUUUCCUGUUUGUCCUAUGAUGAUAAUUGUCAGAAGCAGACUCUUCCUCUACAGCUAACUAUGUAAUAAGAUAAGACAAAUACUUCUCCCUGCUGUUCUCAGAAAUAAAACGCCUUAAAUGGCAGUCUGCACUGAACUUGUUUGUGCGAGAUUAAUUGUAUUGUAUUUAGAAAUAAGAUGUAUGUACCCCUCGAAUGGGUUUACUACUACUACUACUACUACUACUACUACUACUACUAGGUAAAUGAAUGAAUGAAUAUUGUAUCUAAUCGAAGCACUGCGUGAAGUUCUCUUGUCACUCUUGCAUAUGGAUUCAGCUGCUUUUCCGUCUCUGUUUUCGAGUGACGCCUACAACUCUGCUUGUCGAGGAUUGGCACGCUUUCUCGAAAAUGAAUGCUGCUCGAAGGGACGUAGAAGGGAGCAAGUUAUGGAGGACGUUGAGGCAGUAGGGGUUCUUUCGUUUUCUCUGUAGCAGUUGUAGACGCUUACGCUUUGUUCACUUGGUCCUCGUCUUCAUUUUUUCUUAUAGUGUUUUCAAUUCUUAAAGUGAAGCAGAAAUGUAAGAGUGCGGAAACUUUUACCCCCGACAGAAACUUGCUGCUCAAGUUCAUUGCUGUGCGCUUUACAGCUCCUAGAUACUUUGUUUCGGAAAUGCUGCUAACGUAGUAGAGUAAGUAUGCCUUCUAGACAUUUUUCAUCCAACGAGCUACAGCUACAAGCGCUCCUUCAGAUGAAGUCAAGUGGGUUUGGCGUGGCAGGAACGCUCUGCUGAGAUCCGAAGAGAUGGCACGAAAGAGACGGAGGAGGCAGCGCAAUCGAGUGUUAUCCUAUGCUGAGCAGCAUGGUCAUCGUAUAUUGACCUUGCAAGAGCGAAGUAAUAUGCCGAAGAGGAGAGGUGGAAGCACGUCUCCAAAGAAGGCGAGGAAAAGCAGGGUGGAAGGGGAAGCUGCUACUCCUCCUACCAGGUCAUCAGUGAUGCCUUUUCCGCAAGAAGACGAAAGUCAGGCUAGUGGAGUGGCUGAGAAUGAAAAGACUAAUCAGCAGGAAGAACCUCGUCCAAGUCCAACAAGUCCCUCGACUGCUAGAAGUAGGCAUGAUGAAGAUCAUAGUGCUGACAACAUAGCCAGCAGCACGACUGAAGAAAACCCUUCUGACACCGAAGACGAUGAAGAGUCCUCUACCUCAGAUUCACUGGCAUCGGCUGAAUCCGGUACCUUUUCUGAAGACGGGCUCCUCCGGUAUAACAAUGACGACGCACCACAGGUGGAGGAACAUCCACUAUGGUUAUGGGUACCGUCAACCCAUCUUUUACACCAUCUUUUAGUGAAUUCCUUCUCUGAAUAGGCUAAAAGAGGUUCUAAAAGAUGGGUUGUCGGUACCUCUAAUAUGGUUACGCAAAAUUGUUGGCGAUGUUGCGCUCUUCUUCCGGAAAUGGAUGCGCGGAAAAUAUUUACGAUUUUUCUUGCUACCUUCAAUGAAUUCAUCAUUUUAGACACACAAAAAGAGAAAGAACUUCUCUUGUUUCUCUUCUAAGCUUCUCUGUCUUUGGCUACGAUUCCUCAAGACGUCAAUUGUUCCUGGACUGCAUUGCACUGCUCAGUUUGGAGUGUUUCCGACUGCUCGAGCAGGUGAAGCAGGAAUGUGAGGAGGUAAAAAGAUCACUCGCCAACCUGGGCUUUGAAAUUGAUGAGUUGUGUCAACCAGGUCAACGAACUUCUAGUAGUGUACUAACUAGUAGUACAGCACCAUCUGCAGUAGUUAGAAGUACUAGAAGGCAGGACCAGCAGGACCAGGUAGACCAUCUGUCUCUUAACCCAGCACAAGGAGAUCACAGGCAGAAAGUGAAAGAUGGACAAAUCGUCACUACAGCUGGAGAAAAGAGUCGAGCUGCUCCCUCUCAGAAUAAGAGUUGUGCCUCUACUACGACGACGACGAUCUUGCUGGACUUACGGAAUUUGUUUAUGAGCAAGAUGUAGGCCCUUUUCCACAAUGGUGAUCAAGAACGGUGAGCAAGAGCGGUCAUAUCAGAGGCACACACAUGACAUCCGACAAUCAUAGAUCAUACAGGGUAGGUCCUCGCUCCUGUGGGGGAUCCUCCAUAAGGUCCAACGUAACCGUAGCUAUCCUACUCCUACGGUUAAUUGUCUCUCAUAGUAGACUUCAGCGCCCGAUAGCUCUCCCUCCACUAGGAUCCUCCACCUCCUUCAAGCAUUUCCUCCGCCAAGACGCACCCCCCCCCGCUCCUCUUUCGCCAGGUCGCGGCGCUCUCUUGGCGGAGUUGAUCCGCGGAAGAGGAGCCGGGGCAGAGACGCCGCGGAAUUUGACAGAGGAGGCCGCCCCUCUGAGGUUUUUGAGAUGUUCCAAAUUUUGCCCGCUUUUGAAUAUAGUGCAAGUUCUUGGGUUGGAAGUCUUGACCCGAGUGCAAAGCCUUACGCGUAGGCUUUUUGUGGUGGGGGCUCCACUUCUUGGCGUGGUUUUGAAGCUUGUAGCCUGCAGCCUGAGACGAAGCUUGUGGCUUUCAGUUUGACGCUUUGAGCUGCAGCGAAGCUCCAAGCGUAAAGCUUCGGGCCUGGCGCUUGGGUUUUGAGUUUUUGGAUUUGCAAAGGCUUUGGACUCAGGGCGUAGCUGGGUUUGAGGGGCUUUGUCUGAUGUUUUGGACUUGAAGAGAAAAGGCUGAGGGUUGAAACUUUUCCCCGGGCAGAAAGUGAAGCAGAAAAAAGGGACGAGCGUGAAGACCUUCCCUCAGACAGAAAGUGAAGCAGAGAAAGGGGAUGAGGAUGGGCGCUUCUUGCUUUCUCCUGGGAGAAAGUGAAGCAGAAAUAUGGGAUGAGGGUGGAAGCCUUCCCCCCCUGGGCAGAAAGUGAAGCAGAAGGUAGGAGGGGAUGAGGGUGGAAAGGGAAACUCUCCCCGGGGCAGAAAGUGACGCAGAAAAAGGGGAUGGGGGUGCGUGGAAACCUUCUCGCGGGGAGGAAGUGAAGUAGAGGGGGCAAAGGGAUCAAUGUGGAAACUUUCUCCCGGGCAGAAAGUGAAGCAGAAAGGAGGACGAGGGCGGGAACUUUCCCCCAGGCAGAAAGUGAAGCAGGAAAAAGAUAGGGAUGAGGGUGGAAACUUUCCCGCUGGCAGAACGUGAAGCAGGAAAUAAAGCGGGAUGAGGGUGGAAACUUUCCCGCUGGCAGAAAGUGAAGCAGAAAAAAGAAGCGGGCGAGGGUGGAAACUUUUCGCCGGGCGGCAGAACGUGAAGCACAAAAAAUAUAGGGGUGAAGGCUGCGACCUUCCUCUGGGCAGAAAGUGAAGCAGAGAAAAGGGACGGGGGUGGAAGCUGUCCCCUGGGUAGAAAGUGAAGCCGAAAAAAGGGACGAGCCGAGGGUGGAAAAAUUCCCCCCGGCAGACGGUGAAGCAGGGAAAAGGGGCGAAUCAAUGUGGAAACUUUUCCCCGGGCAGAAACUGAAGCAGAAAAAUGGCACGGAGGUGGAAGCGCUCCCCUGGGCAGAAAGUGAAGCAGGAAACGGGGACGAAACUGGAAACCUUUCCUUGGGCAAAAAGUGAAGAGUGAGGCUUUGGGCUCGGAGGUGGUUGGAAGAGUAAGGGCUUGGGGCUCCGAAAAUGAAGAGUGCGGCUUUGGAGGGUGGAGGUGGAAGAGUGAGAGUUUGGGGCCCGGAAGUGGAAGAGUGAGGGCUAGGGGCUUGGAAGUGGAAGCGUGAGAGUUUGGGGCGCGGAAGUGGAAGCGUGAGGGUUUGGGGCGCGGAAGUGGAAGAGAGAGAGAGUCCGGCGGAGUCGUUGUUGAUUUUUUAUUUCGCUCUUUAAUAUUCAAGUUUUAUCCCACCGAAGGCUAUUCUACUACAGUAGAGAGGUGGAGGAAGAACCUUCACGACACAAUAUUGAAGAAUACUCCUCGUGGAAGAAACUUCACACUCACACAUACCACACUCGUCCUUCAUACCACUAGUCGUUGCAGCUUGCAUGCUGGAUAUAAGGAGGGAUGUUUUAGCGCCACACAUCGGCAUCUUCGAAAAGUUGGGAGUCGCACUUGUACCUUCGACAACUAGGAAAACGCCGUCUCAGAAAAAUGAGGAUAUCACUUAUGAAGAUUUAGUACAAGAAAAAAGAAGGUAUCUUCCUGAUACGCCUGAUGAACAAUAGGUGCUUACGAGAUAAAACUAGCUGUACUCGUUCCUGCACAUCGCGCUCUGUCGACUAAUUGUUCGGCUCUGCGCCUACUAGGUGUAUUAUAAAACCAAAAUCUUCUUCUAAGGUCGUCGUUACCAUCGCGAGAGGAUCCUGCCUCUCCUAGUCUUAGAUGACGACGGAGAAGACAGGAUGCGGAGGUUGCAUGAUUACGAAAGCUCUCUACCCGAUCCAUCACUCCUAGGCGGUGCUGGCCGACACUUGACGCGACAUCAAAUCGCAUCUCUACUGCAAACCACGGCACAACGUUUGGACCGCGUAACGGCUGCUGAGCAAAAAGUCCUGUACAUGCUUCUCGGUGACCGGUAUUCGUCUUGGAGCAGCAGGUCGUCGUCGACGAGUGGUGUCAUAGAUGAACCACUAGUACAACUCCAUGUUGGACCACAUUCAUUUCCUACAACUCUCAUGGUGGAGCAACUACAGCCUGAGAGAGAAGGUCUUGCUGAAGUAACGACUAACGAAAUAGAUGAAGCUGCUGAACAAGUAGACCAGCAAGGAGCUGGUGAUGAGAAUGAAGAUGGUACUAGUACGAGCAAAACUGUCUUUGAUCGCGGAGAUGCGGAUGCCCAUGUUGCGGCGUCGCAUGUCAAACUAGACCAGCAUGCGCGUGGUAGCGGGAUGCCUAAUUCCAAUUUCCCUGGUAGUGCUGUUGCCAAAACAGGUAAGGCUACCUCUAAAGACGUGGACAUUUUUUUCGAAAAAGUUGAUCUUGAUGUGAUUCAAAGAAUAAGGGACGUCUUAGCGGCAUCCCACUUAGAACCAAUGAGUGACACAACCUAAAAAAGAAAAGUAUCAAAUACAACGAUCCAUUCGCGGGCAGAUAGGACAAGGCUUUUGAAAAUUUUCAAGAAAAACUUCGUUAAAAGAAGAU